AUGGCGUCGUUGAAGCUGGAACAUAUAUACACCCUUGGAACAGGAACAUGGAGGCGCGUUGAAGCUGGCGCCGUUUCUGGCUGCAGAUUCUGCUUGGGUGGACACAUUGAAUGUAAUGGUAACCUCCAUUGGAUACUAUAUGAUCCGAAGGAACCCUUACGGAUUUGUGGUUUUGACAUUGAAACAGAGUGUUUUAGCAUCUUCUCUGCUCUGAUGGGAGUUGGAGAGUUGGAGUUGAUUGUUUUGAAGGACUGCCUGUGCAUUUCAUACAAACGGGAGAAUGAAAUUGUGAUAUGGUUGAUGAAGGAAUACCGAGUCAAGGAAUCUUGGACAAUAGAGUACAAGAUGAGUGCUCUUUGUUUUGGUUUUUAUUGGAAACCUAACUUUGAUUGUGAAUUUUUUUUUGUUAAGCGACUCAUCUACGUGUACAACAAGACAAGAACCACUAUACAAGUUGGUAGGUAUGAGGAUGCAGCUGCAGUUUAUUACCUUGCCUAUGCUACGAUUUCCAUUCCAAGCCUUUUUUCAAUCAGGAGUUUACAGUGUAAAGUCCUUCUAGUUCGUGCCUGA